GAGAAGUCAGAUUAUCGACUUUCUUCCUCGGCAGACGUUCUUUCUUCUAACUGUUGAUCGUUUGUCUUUGUUCUUAAUAAUUUUAAGAACAGCACCAAAGAACUUGCAUACAUCUAAAAAAUCUAUUCAGUCUCCGUCUGUUGUGGAGAUUUAUAAGUUUUGACAAAUUAUUGUCUUUUGUUACCUUUUCCUACAAGCAAUAAUGCCUGAUAAUAAAGAAGAGCCUGUAUAUGGCGGCUGUGAAGGCCCUGAUGCUAUGUACGUAAAACUCAUCUCUUCAGAUGGUCAUGAAUUUAUUAUUAAGAGAGAUUAUGUUCUUACAUCUGGAACCAUUCGAGCCAUGUUGAGUGGACCUGGUCAGUUUUCGGAGAAUGAAACAAAUGAAGUGAAUUUCAGGGAAAUACCAUCUCACGUGCUGCAGAAAGUAUGCCAAUACUUUGCAUACAAAGUUCGUUACACCAACAGUUCUACUGAAAUACCAGAGUUCCCCAUCGCGCCUGAAAUUGCAUUGGAAUUGCUGAUGGCAGCUAAUUUCUUAGAUUGCUAAAUUGCAGCAAAGUUUUUGAACUGAAUAUCGAGUGAUUAUGUUACGAUUUACUUCAGUGUGAACAUGGAUAUUGUCUGUAUACAUUUUUUUGCUUGUAAAUGAUCAUUUUAAAAUAUUAAAAUCAUUUUUUGUUUGCCUUCCA